GAGCUCGAGUCACCACUGCGUGUUGAAACUUGCAGUGAUGGAGGGGGAAAUGCAACCUGCCGACGAGGGUCUCUGCGCCCCAAAGAUGUGCAGUCAGCAGCGGGGUCCAUACAGCAGCCUCAAGACCUUCCCAAACAAGCGGUUGGUGGGGAAGGCGCGGUUCGACAGACCCACAAUGGUCGAUAUCCCGCUGCUGGGAGACGGAGGCGGUCAUCACUACAAUCAUAAUCUCAAUCACCAUCAUCCGUAUCAACAACAGUAUCAGCAACAGCGGCAGCAGCUCCACCAAACCUCCCUCACCAUCAGCAGCAGCAGCCAGUAUCUCGCGACACCGCAGCUGCAGCAGCAACAGCGUUUCCCAUGCGAUAACAGGCCCAGCAGUAGAGCCGCGACAUCUACCUCAGCAACAGUGGGGAGUGUGGCGGCAGCAUCACUUGGCUUCCAGGAGAGGGUCGGCAGCGGCACCGCGGUGCGCCAGGACCCUAAGUAUUCGCCUGGAAAAGCCGCGCUCAACCACGAAUCUCCCGACUGCACUUACGGGAUAAGCUCAGAAAAUCGCCUCAUCUUGGAUGCCUUCGCACAGCAGUGUAGCCGGGUCCUCACUCUUCUCAACAACAACGGCCGGUUUGUGGAGCCUCAAGCUCCUCUGCCCUCCUCCCACAUCAAGCAGGAGGACAGCUGCCUCUCUGGACCUGGGGCGGAGUCAAGGCCAGUCGCGGGUCAGGGGGGUAAUUACCCCACCCUGGGCACGCCACGUCUUGACGAGAGUGCCACCAUCGACCCUGAUGAUGAAGCCCAGCACAGCCACUGGAGCCAACAACAAACAUCCGCCUUCCUGCGCAUUUUCACUGAGUCCCUCCAGAGCUAUCUGCUCACCGGGAACCAGCAGCCCCAUCCCGGCCCGGGCCUCGAGGGAGAGCGAUGCCCACCAGCUGAGCCCGAGUCUGGGGGGUCGCCGGGCCACAACCUGGGGGGCUGGAACUCCCCGGCCCCCUCAGAUUCGUAUGGCCACCCCUCGUCCACCCUGCCGGAGGAGGAAGAGGAGGAGGAGGAGAGCUGCUGCCCUCGCUGUGUGGAGCUGGAGCAGGAGGUGCUGUGUCUGCAGCAGGAGAACGAAGAGCUGCGCAACAAGAUGGACAACAUACCAGCUCCCUGCCAGAAUGUGCUGGACUUCUUCAAGACUGUUCUCCAGCACCAUGACCAGUUUAUACAGCCCAUGGCAGAGGAACAACUAACAGAGAGAUGCAAAAUAAGACACCAGGGUGAACUUUUAGAUCUAAAGAGCGCUCUAUCUCUACAGGAAGAAGAACAGAAAACAUUAUAUGAGGGCAGUAAACAGCUCCUGGGGAACUAUCCCCUCUUCAUCACCAACAAGCAGUGGGAUGAGGCAGUCAACUCGUCCAAGAAAGAUGGCCGGCGGCUGCUACGCUACCUGAUCCGCUUCGUCUUCACUACGGACGAGCUCAAGUACUCGUGCGGCCUGGGCAAGAGGAAACGCUCAGUUCACUCAGGAGAGCCUGGGCCGGAGAGACGGCCCCUCAACCCCGUCAAAGUCACCUGCCUCAGAGAGUUUAUCCGAAUGCACUGUGCCUCUAACCCGGACUGGUGGAUGCCUUCUGAGGAGCAGAUCAACAAGGUGUUCAGCGACGCGGUGGGCCAUGCUCGCCAGGGUCGGGCCGUGGGCACCUUCCUGGGCAGCAGUGGCAGUAGCACUAGCAGUCUUUACAUGGAGGCUUACGACGGGCCCCUGUCACAGGAUGAAGUGUACCUGAAGGGCUCUCACAAUGGCCAGGGGGAUUGAAAGGAGAAGGAAUGAAGCCUUGGUCAGGAUUCAAUCCAAGGUGCGUUAUUGAGAAGCACACUAGACAGCCGACAGUGCGCCUUUUUAAAGGCAAUUUCACAGAGAUCGCAUUCAUGGUGAACGCUGCAAAUGUUGUCUCAAGCGUAAAUUACCUUUAAAGGGCACAUUGUUGGCUGUUUAGGGCGCUGCUCUACAACACGACUUGGAUUUAAUCCUAACCACUGUCUUCUAACAUGUGGCGUCACUCCUACGCGAUGUUAGUCCCUCAACCGAGGUGCUGAUGCUGCUGAUUUGUCACCACAGAUGGUUUGUUUACAUAGCAGGUUAGGAUAAUUAGCGUGGCAGGUUAGGAUAAUUAGCGUGGCAGGUUAGGAUAAUUAGCGUGGCAGGUUAGGAUAAUUAGCGUGGCAGGUUAGGAUAAUUAGCGUGGCAGGUUAGGAUAAUUAGCGUGGCAGGUUAGGAUAAUUAGCGUGGCAGGUUAGGAUAAUUAGCGUGGCAGGUUAGGAUAAUUAGCGUGGCAGGUUAGGAUAAUUAGCGUGGCAGGUUAGGAUAAUUAGCGUGGCAGGUUAGGAUAAUUAGCGUGGCAGGUUAGGCUAAUUAGCGUGGCAGGUUAGGCUAAUUAGCGUGGCAGGUUAGGAUAAUUAGCGUGGCAGGUUAGGAUAAUUAGCGUGGCAGGUUAGGAUAAUUAGCGUGGCAGGUUAGGAUAAUUAGCGUGGCAGGUUAGGAUAAUUAGCGUGGCAGGUUAGGAUAAUUAGCGUGGCAGGUUAGGAUAAUUCGUGUGGCAGGUUAGGCUAAUUAGUGUGGCAGGUUAGGAUAAUUAGUGUGGCAGGUUAGGAUAAUUAGUGUGGCAGGUUAGGAAAAGGGUUAGAGUUAGUCUUAGCUACAAUGCUAGUUGUAAACAACUGUUGUCCCCGACACGCCCACUAGAUGGCGAUGUAGGCCUACUCCAUCAAGCCACAACAGUAGAAUCCUAAACAGACCAUCUGUGGUGACAAGUCAUCAGUAUCAUAACACUGGUUCAGACGAAACUAACGCUAUCUGACGUAAGAUAAUGAGGAUGAGAAUGUUAGAACUGUAAGCCGAUCCAACUGGUACUAACCUGCUCUUCUUCCGUAAUGCUACAGAGCAGGGCAGGAAAAUAACAUUCAAACAACAUUCAAGAGGAAAUAGUCUCCCCAUUGAACAUUCUAAAA